AUGCAGUUAUAUGCGCAGUGUGCACGCAGGCGUGCAGCCGGCGGCCGAGGAGCAGCGACUAACGGCGACAGUGGCGUUAUUCCGUAUCUCAUAGGCACGUGGACGGUACUUGUGGCGUACCCGAGGGACAUCGCAGUGGUGUCUAUUCUCGUGCUUGCAUGGUCGGACACGGCGGCAUCCACCGUGGGACGCGUGUCAGGGUCGGUCGGUGCGGCGGUGGCGGGGAUGCUGGUCGCGUAUGUGUUCUGGGGGCGGGUGGCGCGGGCAGACGAGCCGGGAGCUGUGUGGAGGCCGGGGGAGGGCGUGAGCAUCCACGGGCUGGCGGUGGUGACGGGGAUGGUGGGGGCGUUUGCCGAGCAGGUGGAUGUGUGGGGACUGAACGACAACUGUGUGAUCCCGAUAGUGAGUGGAGGGCUGCUGUAUGUGUUUCUGAGGGCCGCGGCGUGGUGGGGAGGACGCGAGGCAGGCGGCCUGUCGCACUAGCAGCGCGAACGCUGUACAUGCAUACAGCACGCAUACAACACGCAUAUAGCGCGGGCGCACACGGGAGACGGGACAGCGGGCAGAGCAGAUGCAGCGUGUUAGCUCACAGACUAUAG